AUGACAAAUGCACCGGUGGUCACACCGCCGGGAGCAGAUGUCAAGAAGGUUGCGCAGCCACUUGAUCCUGCGAUCCGAGAGCAUUUAACUCCAACAUUGAAGAAGUUCACUUUGACUGAUCGCGUUGCAAUCGUCACUGGUGGUGGUCGUGGAUUGGGCUACAAUAUGGCCCAAGGUCUCGCUGAGGCGGGCAUCAAAGGCGUCGCGAUUCUAGACUUGCUCAAAGAUGAUGGCGAGCAAGCCGCUCGUGAGCUUUCCGAGCAAACAGGCGUCGAUGUCCGCUUCUACCCUGUCGACAUCACCAACGAUGUCGCCGUGCAGAGAACAGUCCAGGAUAUAGUAAAUCAUUAUGGCCGUCUCGACAUCUUGAUCAACUCAGCCGGUAUUGCCGAUUCAAAUAUGCCAGCAGAGACUUACGAUCUUAGCAAGUUCAAGAACCUCAUCAACAUCAACCUAGUAGGCAACUUUGCGGUGGCGCAAGCAGUUGCUCGAGAAAUGAUCAGGACCAAAACCCACGGAUCCAUCAUCAACAUUGCAUCGAUGUCCGGCAGCGUGGUGAAUUAUCCGCAAGAGCAGAACUGCUACAACGCUUCAAAAGCGGCAGUCAUAAUGAUGACGAAAUCCCUCGCAGCCGAGUGGGCCAAAUACGGCAUCCGGGUUAACGCGAUAUCUCCAGGAUACAUGGAUACCGCACUGAACCGUGUCCCGGAGCUCGAUGCCCAGAAGAAGAUGUGGACGGACCGGACUCCACAGGGGCGUCUCGGGGAUGUUGACGAGCUCAACAACCUGGCCGUUAUGCUGGCCUCAGACGCUUCAACCUUUAUGACAGGUUCGAAUAUCAUCAUUGACGGCGGCUACACGUUGUGGUAG